AUGCGCUUUCUCUCAUCUUUUGCGGCAAUUCUGCUGACGACCGCGGUCGCUGCAUUGCAGAGCCCCCAUCGCAAGGCAGCAUCUUUGAAAAGGCCUACGAACUCUCUGCACAGAAGAGAAGCAACGCAUUCACAUUCGUCUGAGUUGCUAUAUUUGGAUAAGAAGACUGAGAAAUUUCUCGUCAACGGUACACACUUUCCACAGGUGCCAUUUGAUAUAGGCGAGAGCUAUUCCGGUCUCUUACCCAACACUCCUCAUGGCAACUCGAGUCUGUUUUUUUGGUUUUUCCCGUCAAGCAAUCCUGCUGCCGGUCAAGAGAUCACCAUUUGGCUGAACGGUGGCCCCGGGUGCAGCUCUUUAGAUGGGUUGCUCCAGGAAAACGGUCCAUUUCUGUGGCAGUCGGGAACAUAUGCGCCCGUCAGAAAUCCGUAUUCAUGGACUAAUCUGACCAAUGUUGUCUAUAUCGACCAGCCAGCCGGGACUGGCUUUUCGCCUGGACCCGCCACCGUGCAGGAUGAGAUUGAUGUUUCAAAUCAAUUCAAUGACUUUUGGAAGAGGUUCAUUGAAACAUUUAGUAUGCAGGGCUACAAGGUUUUUAUCACUGGAGAAAGCUAUGCGGGACAAUACAUUCCCUACUUGGCGGCUGGAAUGCUGGAUCAGAAUGAUACAACCCAUUUCAACCUCAAGGGCAUUCAAAUCAAUGACCCAUCCAUCAACGAGGAUAGUGUGAUGAUCUAUGCCCCCGCGGUCGCGGCGUUGAAUUAUUUUGACCGUCUUUUUGGCUUGAAUGAUACAUUCAUGGCAGAUAUAAACAAGAAGUCUGAAAGCUGUGGGUACGACAAGUUCCUUGAUGAGGCUCUGACUUUCCCACCGCCAAAAGAUUUCCCAAUUGCCCCAGAGCCUUAUCAAAAUGACUGCGAUUUAUGGGACCAGAUUGUCAAGGCAGCAACCUACGUUAAUCCAUGCUUCAAUAUGUAUCACCUGACAGACUUCUGUCCUUUCCUGUGGGAUCAGAUGGGGUUUCCCUCGCUAGCUGGUGGCCCGAAUAACUAUUUCAACCAAACCACUGUUCAACAGGCGCUGCAUGUUCCCAUCACUGACUACUCAGUCUGCGGUGGCGACAUUUUUCCGAACGGUGAUGGAUCCGUCCCCAGUGCGCUAGGUCCACUGCCAAGCGUCAUUGAACGCACCAAUAACGUACUUCUGGGCCAUGGAUGGUUUGAUUAUUUGCUGUUCAUGAAUGGCAGCUUGGCCACAAUUCAAAAUAUGACAUGGAAUGGCAAACAGGGGUUCCAAUACGCACCAACUGAACCACUUUAUGUGCCAUAUACUGAUGCCUUGAAUGCGGACGCCAAUGGGCAUGUGCAGGCUCCUUACACUGCUGAUGCAGGCGCUGGAAUCUUGGGUACAGCUCAUACAGAGCGUGGCCUCACAUUUUCCACCGUCUACGGCUCCGGGCACGAGAUCCCGCAGUACGUUCCUGGUGCUGCUUACCGGCAGCUUGAGUUCUUGCUCGGAAGGAUCAAGAAUCUUCAGGAAAGGGGCUCAUACACGACCUAG